AUGGCUGAAGAGGGUUGUCGCUCGUUGCGCUCGAUGGAAACCGACGGUUUCCAAGUGGUCACCGAAGUGGUCACCCACAAACUCAACCAUAUUCCGAUAUUCAAGGGAGACUUCGGAUCGCUUCCGCCCAAGGUUCAACGCUUCGUCGCCGAGAAGGCCGAGCUGAUGAACCCGGCGGGAAUCUACAUUUGCGAUGGGUCGCAGAAGGAAUACGAUGAUAUUGUCGAUAAACUCGUCGAGCGCGGAGUGCUCACUCCGUUGAGAGCUUAUGAGAACUGGUGAGUUGAGAGAGGCACUCGUUUCGAGACCCACCCAUUGGAUGCAGUCCACACUUGGACACUGCUCACAACUGAUGCAAAGUACCCUUUUGACCAAAUUUAGACUAAUACAACUGCUUUUUAGCCCCUUUUUUAGCUAGAAAUGUGUGAAACUUUCCCUCUUUGCACCUCGAAUGCCCUUCGCGCUCUCCUCAUCUUGAUAUUCUCGUCGCCUAUCCCAUUGAACAACCUCCCUUUCUAUCCCUUUCACUGCGGGCGGCAAACCAGAGAGCGUUUUCUAGAAUCAAAAAACAGAAAAGUGUUUUCAUAGACGUGAAGUUCGCCGGCAAACAGGUUCGUGUUUCGGCCAGGCGUUGUUUGUCAAUUUGAAGUUUGAUGGACGGGCGGGCACACUCUUUUGCAAGACAUUUGUGUCGUUUGCAGCUAUCUGUGCCGUACGGACCCGCGUGACGUGGCCCGUGUCGAGUCGAAGACAUGGAUGGUGACGAAGGAUAAGUACGAUUCGGUGUGUCACACGCCGGAAGGAGUCCGUCCGAUCAUGGGCCAGUGGAUGAGCGAGGAGCAGUUCGGAAAGGACCUCGACGCGCGUUUCCCGGGAUGCAUGGCCGGCCGUCCGAUGUACGUCGUGCCCUACUCGAUGGGUCCGAUCGGAGGCCCGCUCUCCAAGAUCGGAAUCGAGCUGACCGACUCGUCGUACGUCGUUCUCUGCAUGAAGACCAUGACUCGUAUGGGUCAGAAGGUCCUCGACGCUCUCGGCGAUCAGGAUUUCGUCCGAUGCAUCCAUUCGGUCGGACUUCCGCGUCCAGUCAAGCGUAAGCCAUCAGAGUAUCACAGAUCUUUAAAACAUUGAAACAUUUUCAGAAAAGGUCAUCAACCACUGGCCAUGCAACCCCGAUAAAGUCAUGAUUGCGCACCGCCCCAAGGAGCGUGAGAUCUGGUCGUUCGGAUCCGGAUACGGAGGAAACUCGAUCCUCGGAAAGAAGUGUUUCGCUCUGAGAAUCGCGUGUAACAUCGGAAGAGAUGAGGGAUGGCUCGCCGAGCACAUGCUUGUAAGCGAGACGAGAAUCUGGAAGCGUAUAUGCUUCUUUACUCUUUCAGAUCAUGGGCGUCACAAACCCCGAAGGCCAGGAGAAGUUCAUCGCGGCGGCGUUCCCAUCCGCGUGCGGAAAGACCAACCUCGCGAUGCUGACGCCGACGGUGCCCGGCUGGAAGGUCCGUGUCGUCGGAGAUGACAUCGCGUGGAUGAAGUUCGGCGCGGACGGCCGUCUCUACGCCAUCAACCCGGAGGCCGGCUUCUUCGGAGUCGCUCCGGGAACGUCGCACAAGACGAACGCGAUGGCGAUGGAGUCUUUCACCAAGAACUCGAUCUUUACGAACGUCGCCGAGACCGCCGACGGCGAGUACUUCUGGGAGGGACUUGAGAAGGAGUUGAAGGAGCGAAAGGGCUACACUGACGAGCAGCUGAAGCAGUUGGAGAUCACCAACUGGCUGGGAGACAGAUGGCACAUUGGAGACGAGGGAAAGGCCGCCCAUCCGAACUCCCGGUUCACCGCGCCUGCCUCCCAGUGCCCGAUCAUCCAUCCGGAUUGGGAGGCCCCACAGGGUGUCCCCAUCGACGCGAUCAUCUUCGGAGGACGUCGUCCGGAAGGCGUGCCGCUCGUCUUCGAAUCCUUCUCCUGGGAGCACGGACUUCUCGUCGGAGCGCUCGUCAAAUCCGAGGCGACCGCCGCCGCCGAGCACACCGGAAAGCAAGUGAUGCACGAUCCGAUGGCGAUGCGUCCGUUCAUGGGCUACAACUUUGGAAAGUAUCUCGAGCACUGGAUCAAGCUCGGCAAGGCUCCGCACAAGGCGCCCAAGAUCUUCCACGUCAACUGGUUCCGCGAGACCAGCGAUCACAAGUUCUUGUGGCCAGGAUUCGGAGACAACAUUCGUGUGCUCGACUGGGUUCUUAAGCGAGUUUCCGGAGAGGAGGACAUUGCUGUGAGUGCCAGAUUUCGGGGAUAAUUGGAGAAAAGUGCAAACAAUGCAACAUUGCAGGUGGAAACGGCGAUCGGAUACGUGCCAAAGCGCGGCUCGAUCAACUUGGACGGCCUCGCACGCAUCGACUGGAACGAGCUGAUGAGCAUUCCGAAGGCGUACUGGGAAGAGGACGUCGACGAGAGCAAACACUUCCUCGAGAGCCAGGUCGGCUCCGAUCUCCCGCAGCCGAUCCGCGAUGAGCUCGAUAAGCUCGAGAAGAGAAUCCACGCCCUUUAA